AUGAUUCUGGAGGCCCUGGUACAGCAGAAGCACCCGGGUUCGGCUUCGUUGGCAUCAGUCUGCCAGGAGUGGCACCUCGUUCACUAUAUCCGCUUGGAAAUCGAACUGCCCAGAUACACCUGGCGCUGCUGCGGCAGAGACGUCUCCGUGACCGUGGCAAAGCAUAACAGCUCCAUCGUCAGUGAGGGAAUCUGGAAGCUAUUCCACGUCCUCAGCUCCUGGAACUCAGAAGGGCAAACAUGUAUAGCAAGUGGCUUUGCACUAGAGCUCAACGUGUAUUGUCUUAGCUACUCGAAACACUGGUUUAAAACCAGUAUUCCGAAUGCCAGAAGCGAAGACGAUGACUCCAACUGGCAUGAUCCACCCCAUGGUUGGGUCAACGGCCGACAGGUCUUCCUACCUCCUGCAUCGGCCAUCCCGAGGCUCUUUGGAAAGAUUUGGAUAGAUAUCCAAAAGGAGCUUCCUGAAGCUGAUAGCGUUACCCGUCCUAUUGUACGUCGGCAGUUACGGCACACCCCCUAUCCGAGUGAUUUUCAAGCGGUCUUGGAACAGCUCAGCGCAUUGGAACAGCCAAUUUUCGAGCCAUGGCGACGAUGGGAAAACACUUGGAGGGUUAUACAGGGCGGGAGGAGGCGCUUCGCAACUAUGCCUUUGCGUACUCGGCCGCAAAUCUCUGGUUAUCUAUAG